CUAACCUCAGUGUCAAAACAUAACCUGCAAUGGGGCUCAAUUUGAACAAAUGUUUAAUAUCUCCUGAUUUUAUCCAUUUUAUUAUGAAAAAAAUUAUUUUACUAUAUGCUUGAUCGCCAAAGAAAUACAUUUUUUUUAAUGUAAGUGCCAGUGAAUACGUUAAAUUUGUACUAUGAGCCAAGCAACUAAUUGUACUAAAAGACUAAAAGUACAAGAUGACAGAAAUGAUUCGCAAGCUCUACAUAACGUGUGCAAUUGGCUUUAUCUUGAUAAAACAGCUAUAGAAUAUCACGAUUUAGAAAAUGUUAAGAUCAUAAGUUACGGAGAACUGAAAGCAACGAAGGAAAAAAUUUCUAGUCAUUUGAAAUGUAUAGAGUGUCCUGAAUUUAUUGGUAUUGACUUUGACAUCUCAGAGUGCUGCGUGCUUUCUCUAAUGCUUGGAAUCCUCGACAGCGGACAUGCUUUCUUCAAUGUACCUACAGAUCCGUUGGCAUAUACAGAUAUAUUGGCCUCUACAAAUGCAAAAUAUAUUUUUACGAAAUCUGCAACACCCAAAAAAGAGAUCGUACAUCAAUUCGAUAUUCAUGGACAGUCAAUAUAUUUGACAAAAUUAAUAGACGUCCAAAAAAAUAUCAAUAAUAAGAAAUGGUAUCAUUUUGCAUAUGCAAUUGCCACUUCGGGAUCAACUGGAGCACCAAAAAUUAUCAAAGUGCCGCAUCUCUGUAUAUUGCCUAAUAUUACAGAUUUAAAGAAAAUCCUGGAUGUAACGAAUUCUGAUAAAAUCGCACAACUAACAAAUUUUACAUUUGAUCCCAGUAUUAUCGAAAUUUUUUUAAGCCUUUGUUGUGCUGCAACCUUGUUUAUGGUUUCGAAAGCAUUAAAGAAUGAGGCUGUCAGGCUCUUAGAGGAAAUAUUCUAUGCUCGUGUAACAGUUCUUCAAAUCACUCCGUCGCUUCUCUUCCAUCGGUGGUCCACCAAACACUUGAAAACAACAAUCUUGGGCAAAGACUCUGAACUGAGAAUUCUUUUUUUGGGUGGUGAACCGUUCCCUAGCAUGAAAUUGCUUUUGGAAGUUAGUCAUCCGCGGAAUGCGACACGAUUGUUUAAUAUCUAUGGCAUAACUGAAAUAUCGUGUUGGUCUAGUAUUAAGGAAAUCGUCAAAAACAAUGUAGAUGAACCUUGCCUGGGUGAACCUUUAGCAGAAACUGUAUUUCAAAUCAGGAAUGAAGAUAAUGAAGUAAUAAUUAGGGGCGAUGGUACUCUUUAUAUCGGAAGUGCUACGAGGAUUUGUAUUGUUGGAGAUGAAACUGAGGAAGAUCUGAACAAGCCAGUUUUUCGCGAUACUGGCGACAUUGUUUCAGCAGAUGAUCACCAUAGAAUAUUUUAUAGAGGAAGACGAAAUAAUAUUGUAAAAAGAUUUGGAAGCAAGGUGAACUUGCGAGAACUCGAGAGAGUCACGACAGAAUUAAACUUCGUUCGAAAUUGUGCUACUUUUUGGGACGCAGAGAGCCACAAAUUAUAUCUAUGUUUAUCUACUAGAGACACGAAAGAAGAUUUCUCUAAAUUGAGAGGUGAUAUAACGUCGCAUUUAAAGAUAUUACCAGCGAUCUAUAAGCCCGACAAGAUAAUUAUAGUGGAACACUUUAACUUUACUACCAGUGGAAAGAUUUGCCAGGCAUCACUAAAAGAAAUGUGUAGAAAUUCCGAAACAGAAGUUAUUAAUGUAAAUGAUUUGCACAUCAACGCGAAUGAAAUAUUUGAAAAUUUGUGGAACAAUCAUAUAAAAUCUAAAGACGCUGGUUUUUUAAUGGCAGGCGGUACAUCAAUAGCAGCGCUUCAGAUGGCAAAUGCUGCCGCUCAAGCUUUUAAUAUAGAGUUUCCGGAAUUAAUUGGUAUGUUGCUGAGAGACUUUACAUUCGACAAAUGUGUCAAUUAUAUCAAAAGUAUUUUAAUUAACCGAGAUUGCGGCAAGACUGUCGGUCGUUCCAUCGAUAUGUCUCUCAAUGAUGGUCUUCCCAAAAAGAUAUUUACAGAAGAUUGUGUAGCAAAACCAUCGCAAAAGAAUCUUCCAUUAUUGUCAAACGAGAAACAUUCUUAUCAGUGGUACAAAUGCAGGGGAAAAAUUUAUGGCGAUGCAGAAGAAAAUAUCAAAUCUCUCUUGGAAAAAAAUAUAUCAAGCGUUGAAGUAUUAGCAACUUAUAACUUACAGAAGUGCGUCGAUGCUUCGCCAACUAUAUACCGUUAUUCCGCAACAGAAUUGUACGCAACAGUCGCUUCACAUUCCGGCAUUAUAUGUACUGCUAAUUUGCUAAACACCGAUAGUGCGCCGUAUGAGAUAAAACUGCCAGAUAGAAUAGAAGCUUCCGUUUUAGCCCUAACAGAUUUCCGUGGGGUUGUAGGCUGUUACGACGGAUACAUUUAUUGUAUCCAUUUAAAAACUGGUGACAUAAUUUGGAAGUUUCAAACGCAGGACAUGGUUAAAUGCACGGCGAUAACGUGCAUGCAAGGGAGCAAGAUAUUCGUGGGUUCUUACGACUUCUAUGUAUAUUGUCUUUCGACAGAGGAUGGUAGUCAAGUCUGGAAAACUAAAGCGAGCCAAGGUGGAAUUUGUGCUACCGGUUGUUUGCAUCAACAAUCGACUUCGGUUCUUUUCGGGACAUUAGACGGCUCGUGCCUGGCCUUACAGCAAUCUUCGGGACGUGUCACAUGGAAACGUAAAUUGCAGAAUCCAGUAUUCGUCGCGCCUGUUGUUCUCCGGACUGGAUAUGCCUUAUUCUGUUCUGUAGCUGGAACGCUGUGUUGUUUCGAUAUCGAAACCGAUUGCCAGAUGUGGCGAUAUGUGAUACACGGCAAUGUAUUUUCGUACCCUGUGAUAUGGACUCCCGAGUCUACGAGCGACGAGUACGUCAUAUUGGCCAGUCAUAACAAAAAUCUGUAUUAUCUAGAAGUACCACAAAGGACAAUUGAAGAAAACGAGCCAAAAUUAAAAUAUAUGUUACAACUGCAGUCACCUAUUUUCGCGACUCCUUGGUGCGAAGACGGAUGUAUGUUUGUGGCAUGUACAGACGGCAUCUUCAAAGUAUUCGAUCUUCUGGAAGGCAAAUUGUUAGCGACCAAGCAACUUUCCGGUGAAACAUUUUCUUCGCCAGUUAUUCAUAAUGAUCUCGCGAUCUUGGGAUGUAGAGACAACAAUAUGUACGUCUUAAAACUUAGUUAAAUAUAACACAAUAUAUGAAAAUUUGCCCUGAA